CGCCCACUACCUAGCACCUUCAAGUACAAUAUCAUACUCAGCUCAUUACCAAUGGCUUCCCUUCAAAACACCAACUUCGACAGCCAAAUUCCUGCCGAGCUGCUCAUUGCUAGCAUUACGCAAAUCCAUGGUGCCAUAUCCAAGCUUGACUCAUUAAGACCUUCCAAGCAAGUGAAUGGCCUCUUCUCUCACCUUGUCAAAUUAUGUAUCCUCCCUUCUUCUAUAGACAUCACUUCCUUGCCGGAAGAAGCCCAAGAAAUGCGCAAAAGCCUCAUUGUUCUCUGCGGCCGAGCUGAAGGUCUGUUGGAGCUUGAGUUCGCAACAUUCUUGAUCAAAAUCCCUCAACCUUUAGCCAACGUUAAUCUGUUUCCUUACUAUGCCAACUAUGUCAAGCUUGCUAACUUGGAAUAUAGCAUUCUAAGCGAAAAUGGAAUCGUCCAACCUAAGAAGGUGGCUUUUGUAGGAUCAGGUCCAAUGCCUCUGACCUCAAUUGUAAUGGCUACCCAUCACUUGAGAUCCACUCACUUCGACAAUUUUGAUAUCGACGAGGCUGCUAAUGAUGUGGCUCGCAAGAUUGUGGGUUCUGAUAGUGAUCUAGAGAAGAGAAUGAAGUUUGAAACAUGUGAUGUAAUGGAAGUGAAAGAGAAGCUAAGAGAAUAUGACUGCAUAUUCCUGGCAGCUUUGGUUGGGAUGAGCAAAGAAGAGAAAGUGAAGAUUCUUGGACAUGUAAGGAAAUAUAUGAAGGAAGGAGGGAUUUUGCUGGUGAGAAGUGCAAAUGGUGCAAGAGCUUUUCUUUACCCUGUUAUUGAUGACAAAGACUUGGUUGGUUUUGAUGUUCUCUCCAUUUUCCACCCCACUAACGAUGUGAUCAACUCAGUCGUUCUUGCAAGGAAGCCAAGCUUUUGAAGUUUCAAUUAUAGGGAUUAUGACUAGUGUGGUUUCUCUUUUCUUGCAGCCAGUUGAUGAAGAUAACCAGCUAGAGAGAUACUAGCUCUAGUUUUAUAAUUCAUCCUCAUUGAUAAUAUGUCGGAGCUUGUGUUGUUUUUUUGUUUGUUCUUUUUUACUUCUUCCAUUUAUUGUUUUUUGGCUUUUCACUUGUCAUUUUAAAUUUUCUUGGGAGUAUUAUAUAUUGGUGAUUGAUACUAUAAGAAGUGAUUACCUAAAUUUGGGGAUUUAGAUGAGUUGAUCUGGCUUAUAAGCUGCUUGUAAUUAACUUUUGAAUUAUUUCAUAUUAAAUUUGAAUUACUACUAACUAGGUUGUCAACAUGCUUUUGUGAUAAUUUUCGAAUCUCAUAAAAUAAUUAAAUGUUUACUAUUUUGUCAUAUGUUAUUUUAUUUUAUACUUCAAUAGAUUUAGUGUUAAUCUUAUUCAACUUUAUUUUGUAGAUUUUAAAAAGAAAAUUCUAUAUAAGAGAUAAAUUUAUCAAAGUUGAGCUCAAGUAGUCCAUAAAAUUGAGUU